AUGGCGUCACGACGAUUCGACCUGGCCCUUUCAGGCCUCGCCCGUCGGCCAUUGACAUGUCUCUUUUGUCAGGCCCGUCGCUCAUUUACAUCCUCCGCCGUGCGGGCGGCGACCACCGAAAAGCCCGGGUCCGGCGCCUCCUUGGACCCUCAGGCAAAUGUCGCCGGUACCCCGAUCGAAGCUCCGCGAAGCUACGGCAAGCGACAGCAGGGCGUCUUCACGCCGAAGCCCCUCCCCCGGCCGAUCGGCAUGCCCCUCCCGCCCAAGGCUGGUGAGAAUACUGGCAUUGACCACCGAUCAAUGCGUCAGCGCCGUGAGGAUUUUGUCGACUACGACAAGCACUUGCAAAGGCGAAAGGAGCUGACGGCCAAGAUAUCAAGACCCUAUUUCCGAGACUGGGGAAACUUGCAAUACCACGAAGGCAAGUCCUUCAUUGCGCCUCCACGACUUUUCAAGGCCGAGCUCUCCCUCUUCUUCCCCAACUUUUACGGCGAGACCCUCCUCAAGACCGACAAGAACCCACGCGACACCACUCCUCUCCUCUCGGGCAAGGCAAGCGUCGUAUCCAUCUUCAGCAGCCGAUGGGCCGAGCAGCAGGCCCAGUCCUUCACCUCCAAGGAAGAGAACCCAGCGCUACACGACGCACUGGCGCAGCACCCCGACAUCACGCAGAUGGUUCAUAUCAACUACGAAGACAAUGCGGGCAAGGCGUGGUUGGUCAAGUUCUUUAUGGGAUCGCUGCGGAGGCAAUUCCCCGAGAAGGACUGGGACAAGUACUUCCUCGUGCGACGAGGCAUCACCGACGACAUUCGCGAGUCAAUCGGACUGCUCAACAGUAAAGUCGGCUACAUCUUUCUGGUCGAUCAAUACUGCCGCGUCCGAUGGGCGGGAAGCGGAACGGCUCAUCCCGUCGAGCAGGAGGGAUUGGCCAAGGGUCUCUCACGGUUGGUGGACGAGAUCAAGAGGGAGGCUACCAUGCCAGCCACGGCAAAGGAGCAACAUCCGGGCAAACAGCAUCUAGAGGUUCCCAAGCCGUUGUAA